CCGAGCCCAGCAACCCCGCCCAAAAUGCCGAGCGCCUCGUUCACCUCGUCGCGCAGCUACGUGAGAAGAUCCCGCAGGAAAGGCGCCAACCGGAUCCCCUUGCCCUCCAGGACUACCUCCGCUGAGCCAUGCGAACUACCAUGUCCAGCGCCAAAUCAAAUCCCUCCAGGAGGUGGAGUAGGCGGUGGGAGUGGAGGUCGAGGGUCUUCACCCAGCGUAUCUGGAGUAGCUGCGCCAUCUCCUCUGUCCCAUUCACACUCUUCUCCAUAUGACCUGAGACGUAAAAGUCCUCCUCAUCCGGACCCAGCACCUGGCACGAGCUCUGCUCUACCUCCACCCGGUGGCAGUAGCAUCGCAGCAACCCUUGGUUCAUCUUCUCUUCCUGCAAGAAAGCGACCUCGGCGAACUUGCUCUCUAUCUACAGAUGGUGCAAAUACAAACACAGCUGCACACUAUCUGCAAUAUGAAUUACCAGACGAAGUACUUCUCACAAUAUUCAGCUACUUGAUGGAGCAAGACCUGUGUCGGGUAUCGCAGGUCUGUAAACGAUUCCAAGUAAUUGCUAACGAUACCGAACUGUGGAAGUCGCUUUACCAACAAGUCUACGAAUACGACUUGCCGCUGUUCACCCCUGCACCCUGCAAGUUCGAAUUCAUAUCCCCCGACGAGUCGGACUAUCCAAACCCAUGGAAGGAGAGCUUUCGACAGCUGUACAGAGGGGUGCACGUCAGGCCAGGGUUUCAAGAGUUGAAGCUGAAAGGGAGGAAUCUACCGUACUUCAACACGGUGCAGGGUGCGUUGGAUUACGUCGACGAGUACAGGAGCAGCAGCGGGUCUUCUCCAAACAGUAGCACGAGUCCGAGCAGUAGCCAGGGGAAUUGUUGCGGGAACACUUCCCAGUCGUCGGAGGAAGCGCCGCAACAUUUAGUGUUCCUUCAUGCCGGCACGUAUCGCGGGGAGUUUCUAGUGAUCGACAGUGAUGUGGCUUUAAUCGGAGCGGCCCCUGGUAAUGUCGCGGAGUCUGUUAUUCUGGAAAGAGAGAGCGAGUCGACGGUGAUGUUCGUCGAAGGGGCCAAGAGAGCCUACGCGGGACAUCUCACGUUAAAAUUCACUCCCGAUGUCACGAGCACGGUUCCGCACCAUAAGCAUUACUGUUUGGAGGUCGGCGAAAAUUGUAGCCCCACGGUAGAUCACUGCAUCAUCAGGAGUUCGAGUGUCGUCGGAGCAGCGGUGUGCGUGUCCGGAGUAGGCGCUAAUCCCGUGGUGAAGAACUGCGACAUUUCCGAUUGCGAAAAUGUCGGACUCUACGUCACCGACUACGCGCAGGGUACCUAUGAGGACAACGAGAUCUCGCGAAACGCCCUGGCCGGCAUCUGGGUGAAAAACUAUGCGAAUCCGAUUAUGCGGCGGAACCACAUCCACCAUGGCCGCGACGUCGGCAUAUUCACGUUCGACAACGGGCUCGGUUACUUCGAGGCAAACGACAUCCACAACAACCGAAUCGCCGGUUUCGAGGUGAAGGCCGGGGCCAAUCCGACGGUGGUGCACUGCGAGAUCCAUCACGGUCAAACCGGCGGAAUUUACGUCCACGAGAACGGCCUGGGCCAGUUUAUCGACAACAAAAUCCACUCGAACAAUUUUGCCGGCGUGUGGAUAACGUCCAACUCGAACCCGACCAUUCGCAGGAAUGAGAUUUAUAAUGGACAUCAAGGCGGUGUAUACAUAUUCGGAGAGGGAAGAGGUCUGAUAGAGCAUAACAAUAUAUACGGCAAUGCCCUGGCUGGCAUACAGAUACGGACGAACUCGGACCCCAUUGUUAGGCACAAUAAAAUCCAUCAUGGACAGCACGGUGGGAUUUAUGUUCACGAAAAGGGACAAGGUUUAAUCGAAGAGAACGAGGUGUAUGCGAACACCCUGGCCGGGGUUUGGAUAACUACGGGAUCGACGCCUGUUUUAAGAAGGAACAGGAUUCACAGCGGAAAACAGGUGGGGGUUUAUUUUUACGACAACGGUCACGGGAAGCUGGAGGAUAAUGACAUUUUUAACCACCUCUAUUCGGGAGUACAAAUAAGAACUGGCAGCAACCCUGUAAUACGAGGAAACAAAAUAUGGGGCGGGCAAAACGGAGGCGUCCUGGUGUACAACAGCGGAUUGGGGCUGCUGGAACAGAACGAGAUUUUCGACAACGCCAUGGCGGGCGUUUGGAUCAAAACCGACAGCAAUCCGACGCUGAAGAGGAACAAAAUAUUCGACGGUCGGGACGGAGGCAUUUGUAUAUUUAAUGGAGGAAAAGGAGUUUUGGAGGAAAAUGAUAUAUUCCGAAAUGCGCAAGCGGGCGUGCUCAUUUCCACACAGUCGCAUCCGGUGCUUAGGAGAAAUCGAAUUUUUGAUGGACUGGCUGCGGGAGUUGAGAUUACUAAUAAUGCUACCGCCACAUUGGAGUUCAAUCAAAUUUUCAAUAAUCGAUUUGGUGGGCUGUGUUUAGCGAGUGGUGUCCAGCCGACAACUAGAGGUAAUAAAAUAUUUAACAAUCAAGACGCAGUGGAGAAGGCAGUGGGGAAUGGUCAAUGCUUGUAUAAAAUCUCUUCGUACACUUCGUUUCCCAUGCACGACUUCUACCGCUGUCAAACGUGCAACACCACUGAUCGGAAUGCCAUAUGUGUCAAUUGUAUAAAAACCUGUCACGCUGGACAUGACGUAGAAUUCAUCAGACAUGAUAGAUUCUUUUGCGACUGCGGCGCCGGGACGUUGAGUAACCAAUGCCAACUUCAGGGUGAGCCAACGCAAGACACGGACACCUUAUACGAUAGCGCAGCUCCUAUGGAAUCGCAUACACUCAUGGUUAACUAGGAACUAACUUAAUCUUAUCUAACCAAUCAAACGACUCUGAACCCGUAAGUCCCCAACGCAUUGUACGAAAUAAUCCAUUGCCGAGUUCUUCGACAUUAUCACCGGAACAAUUGCCAUGUCGUGUACUAUUGUUUAUCCUUAAUAUUUUAGGUACUAAUUAUUGUUAGCGUCAUUUGUACAGUAACGAAACAGUCUCGAAGUGAUUUUUGCAACUUAUUUGAGAACAACUAGAGUGCGGUCGUUAGAGGGGAAGAAAGAGAGAGAGAGAGAUAUAUAUAUAUACACACCAUUUCGGAAGUGAAAGAGUGAACUCGUGGUAAUGUAAAGAACUCCGCAACCAGUAUCCAUCCCCGCAGGAAAAACGUUAAUUCUAAAACUAGUGAACGUGGAAAGGACUGAGAUCGCGUAAUCAAUUUAAAGUGGCGCUGCGAACUAACCGGUGGUUACAAUUAAUUGGGAGAAAUACCCGCAAAUCCAUUGGUUGGUCUCGCCUGUUGAUCGCCGAGGCGUCCUCGGUUUUAUAUACGAAAUCUACGUAGAGCGGGGAAAAAGGUGCGAAACUUGUGUGUACAAUAGACGCGCGCACGCCUUACGAUACAACGGCGAAUUACGUCUUUGGGGCACGGAGGUGAAUUAUAUAAUUAAAUAUAAAUACAGUUCCGCGAAUGUAAAUUGUGUAUAACACGGACAGACUGAUCAAUUAGUAGCGAUGUGUUUACGCGACGAAUAAAAAUUAUUGACUUAACUAUUGUUCCGGGUGUGACGUGCCGAAUCGUGUGCCGUUCACUUGCGAUCGAUUUACAAGGAUCCGUGCGUCGGUGCGUAAAGAGACAUUGAAAAAACAGUGCCACGUCCGACAUUACUCGUGGAAUUGAACGGUCACGUUGAGCCGAUGGACUGAAAACACGAGGAUUCCGUUCGACAAUAUCUCGGGACGUCGACGAGUCGAGAAAUGGGAGGAUUGCUGCUAUCGGGCGGAAGUAGUCGAAGUUCUACAGCGAAGAACACAAAAACAUAUAACCCGAAUCAAAUGUCUAAACAAUGUGAUACGUAUAACUCGCCCGGGAAUAUCGACCGAAGGCGCAAUCCAGUAUAAUCAAAAUUGAAUGGAACGUUUGUUGGCUACGUGUGAUCAUUUCUACGAGGGGUUUAAAAAAGAAAAAGAAGAAAAUAAUACCUAACGACGUCCAUACACUCGACUCUCGGAUUCCACUGCUGCAUCGUGAAUUGUGAUGGUCCUAAUCUGCCUAAGGGCAAAGUGCAUAAUAAGAGGAAGGCGAAGGAAUAUAUAAAGUAAUUUAAACGAUAUACACACGAUGUAGGAGGAUGCAUAUACCAGUGAAACAAAUUAAAACGAACUAAAAUUAUAUACAAGAACACGUACUGUUUCCGCGGAGCAGUUUUCAAAGUAAUCUCGAGUUUUUAAAGGUAAUCCGAUUUCAUUUUCUUUUUUUUUCUUUUUUUAAAGAAGUAACUACGUUAGUGGUAAUGUCUAAUCUUAUAACUGUAACCGUAUCUCUCUCUUUCUUAAGUGAGAAAGGGAGGGAGAGAGAAGUGCACGCGCGUGUACUAAAAGAAGCGCCUAUUAGCGGUAAUUCUAGACUCAACCAACCUCCAUCUACGCAAAUACGAGUAAAUAGAUAAAAGAUUUGAAAUUAUUAGCGCAAUCUCUUGCUGAGCUGGCAAGACCUUGCAUCGCAUUCAUUAUUGUAUGUAGUACUUUUGUAUGUCCCUCUGGUAAAGUGGGUAAGUGGUACGUGGAAAUUGCCUUUGACUAUUUACAGGACCUAAGGUCUAUACCAUUAUAUAUAUACAACGGUGUCAUAUUAUACAUAGUAUAACUACGUAUGACCUACCCAUUAAUGCUUACUGAUAUAGACGAUAUCAAAGGCAAUGUUCACUAAUGCACAUUAGACCUCGGAAAGCUUGAAACACUGUGUCGUGAGUGAUGAUGUAUGCUAUGUUGUUUCGUUUUAAUAACUGUCUAUCGCGAUUCAGUUUCGAAACUUACGACUAAAGGAAGUGCAGAGACAAUGUGAUAAACGCGCGUUAAGUAGAAUCGGAUACGCCUGUCACUACGAUGCAAUUUUGCCAAUUCGGUGGAUUUUUCACAGCGGUCGUCUUCUCGCUACUGAAAAUGCAACACGGAAGAGUGUCAAUUGAUAUCUUUUUCUAUUGAGAAGAACUUUCUUAUUUCGUCGAAUGGUUUCUUUCAAGAAUUUUAUCUGUGUUCGUUUUGAAUGUCAACCUGAUAUUCCACUGAAGUUCUGGAACGAACGGUCGUGUUUUGUUUUCGUUUGAAAAUACUUUAAUAUGUAUUGUUCUUAGCCAGUUUUUAUGUUUUGAUAUUAAACGCGACAUGAUUUCUGUAAUGAGUGAGAAUAAUAGUGACUGCUAGGAUUUAAACAUAAAAUGAAUAUUUUAAAUUUGUAUUAGGUCUCAAAAUUGCAGAUAGAAAUGGUAUCAGGCCGUGUACGUCUUCUUGCAAUGAUUCGUGUAUUUUUUUAACACUCGCAAAAUGUGGAAAAAUGCAUUGAUAUCGUUUCCAUUUAUUCAUAUUCGUUGUUGUCACUGUACAUUGAAUGUAUACAUUUCUCUAAUUCAGUACAAUCUUUUGGAAUGUCUUUGAUUAUCAAAACUUAGAAACUGGUCCUUUUCCUACUUUUUAUUAAAAUGUGAUGGUAUCUUGUUUUGAUUUCUACAGUUUCAGUGAGAUGUUUCUUUGAGUAGGACAAUUUCAUGAUGGAAUCCACGUUCUAGAUGGGGUCAAUUGAUUUAUUUUUUGAUUAUACAUUCGCAACAAUGAUAAGGUCGCAGUGUUGCUAAUAAAUUUAACGGUUUUCAACUGUUUCCUGAUUUAGGCUUCCAUGGUAAAUGAAUCCCGCAAAAUUAACGGAAUAAGUUGAAACAUAUGUCUGUGCUUUCUUUCUUCCCAGAGUUUCAAGAGUGUUGAGUAAUACUUACCCUGAACACAUUGUUUUGCGCAGCAGCCAUCUAGAAAAGACGAUAAUUUAACCGACGAUAUAUCUACGGUCUUCUAUUGAUAUACAUUAGAACGCCAAUUAUCCGAACACUGAUUAAUAUCAAUACCUUUAUUAGUUAUCGCAUUUUUCCUGUAUUGAAAAAAUUAGUACGGUAACAAUAUUUAUUUAAUUUCAUUGACCUGUAUAUAAUUUAAUGAUUCAUGCAUCAGAAAAUAACAUUUCUCUUAACUAUGAUCCUAAAAAUUAUAUGAAUGAUAACGAAGGGAAAUCAUAAACACAAUUUUAAGUAAACAAUGAAAAAGCUUAAGAAGAACCAUAUGAUAGCGACUCUCGCAUCAAUGCAUACUGUAGUCUUUUUAUCACCGAUUCACUAGUGUGUCUUAUCACUUCGGUGCUUCUUUGUGUACACAAUAUAUUUUAAGGUUCCCCAUAAGAAAAAGUCUAAAGGCGUUAAAUCUUAGGGACGAAGUUAUACACCUUUUUCAUUGGAAUUAUUUUCUUGCGCUCUCACAGUUUUUUUUUUUUGUUCUAUGACAAUGCAUAAACUCUCGGCCGGACAGAUAAUUGUUAAGGAAAAUCUAUUACUUUGUAAUUCACCUGGUCCAAUGUGUUCGGAUAAAAUUGGCGUUCUUACUGUAUUUGUUUCCCAGUGGCUUCCACACUGCGUAAGUGGCUUCUCUCAGUUCCACGCAUUUUGAAAUGUUUAAAGGAAUACGAAAAAGUCAUGCCAAAAUCCGGCACGGUA